AGGGAACAAAAUUCUUCAAAGGUUUCAGUUUUUAGGAUCUGGGAGGCAUCUCUCACUUGCCCAGAACCAUAAUUCUCUUAAUUUUCAGUUCAGAAUCCUCGAAAGUGAAAAAAAUAAAAACCCCAAAAAAGAAAAAUGAUGGAGCAGAGAAAGAGAAGCGCGGAGAUGUGGAUGAUUUUGAUGUGCUUGAUGCUUAGCUUCUUCAGUCGUAUUGAAUCUCUAUCCGUGACGGUGAACGAUGUCGAGUGUGUCUACGAGUAUGUGCUCUACGAAGGUGACACCGUUUCAGGAAACUUUGUUGUCGUCGACCAUGACAUUUUCUGGAACUCCGAUCACCCUGGCAUCGAUUUCACGGUGACAUCUCCUGGAGGUAAUACUGUGAACAAUAUCAAGGGAACCUCUGGGGACAAGUUUGAAUUUAAAGCCCCAACACAUGGAAUGUAUAAAUUUUGUUUUCAUAACCCAUACUCAACACCUGAGACUGUUUCUUUCUACAUCCAUGUUGGUCAUAUUCCCUCUGAGCAUGACCUUGCCAAAGAUGAGCAUUUGGACCCAAUUAAUGUUAAAAUUGCUGAGCUCAGAGAGGCACUAGAGUCUGUUACAUCUGAACAAAAGUACUUGAAAGCUCGUGAUACAAGGCAUCGUCAUACGAACGAGAGCACACGUAAGCGUGUUAUAUUCUAUACUGUAGGAGAGUACAUUCUCUUGGCUGCUGUUAGUGCACUGCAAGUCUUAUACAUCAGGCGCCUAUUCGGCAAGUCAGUGGCAUAUAACCGUGUUUGAGUCUCCUCAUUGGCAUUAUGGUUUCCAUCUUUAGCUGCAGGGGGGUUAGGUUUACACAUGUUUUCUUUGUGAAACAAUGUAAUCCUUUGGUGAACACUUUUUAUCUCUUUCCAACAGAGACAUGACUUGUAUUUUGGUGCCCAGCAAGAUUUUAAAAUUCCUUAGUUUGAAUUUCAGUGGAUUGACAGAAAUUAAACCAUUUGGGAGAAAUACUACUGCGUUUGAGAAAUCGUAAUCCU